AUGAACUCUUCUAUGAUCUCAUCCACUCAUGGCUCAUCGCCAGAUGACUCUGAUUCACUUUCAGCAUCAUUUUUUAGCUCAUCUUCAAACUUACCUGCAUCAUUUUCCAAUUCACCUUCAAUGGACUCCAAACUAUUUUCUAAAUUAUCCACAUCAAUUGCAAAAUUGUUAUCAAAUUAA